GGAAAACUACCAACAUUUCCGGUAAACUUGAGAAACUACCGAUCUAGUCUUUACCAGUCCACCUUCUCAGACGAAACCGCCGACCCGAUACUGAAAUCUCCGGGUUUAUAAAUCUUGUGAUUUUCUUGUUUUGAUAUAUCAAAUUAAAGCGAAAAUGUUUCGCAAGGUGUUUGGGAAAACUAAGCAGGAAGCGAAUCCCCUGCCGACCUUGCACAAAUUAAACGAGACACUUGAGAUGCUGGAGAAGAAGGAGAAGCUCCUUGGUAAGAAGGCAGCUGCCGAGGUCGAGAAGGCCAAGCAGUUUACUAAAGCAAAAAAUCGAAGUUCUGCAAUAAAGUGUUUAAAGAGGAAGAAGCUUUAUGAGCAGCAAAUCGAACAACUUGGAAAUUUCCAACUGCGCAUUCAUGAUCAGAUGAUAAUGCUGGAAAGUGCAAACGCUACAACUGAAACUGUUGAUGCAUUGAGAAGUGGAACAGCUGUAAUGAAGGCCAUGAACAAGGCAACAAACAUUGAUGAUUUGGAGAGAACAAUGGAUGAGAUCAAUGACCAAACUGAAAGCAUGAAACAGAUUCAGGAGGCACUGUCGGCGCCUGUUGGUGCUGCAGCUGAUUUUGAUGAAGAUGAAUUGGAAGCAGAGCUUGAAGAACUGGAUGAAGCUGAAUUGGAGGAUGAGCUUUUUCAACCCGCCACCACUGCUCCUGCAACUUCAGUUAGUGUAGAUAUCCCAGUUGGCAGGCAGCCUGCCAAACCAGCUCCUCAGAGAAUUAACCGUGAGGAAGAUGAGCUUGCUGCAUUACAGGCGGAGAUGGCUCUUUGAGAGGUCAUUCCAUGUCCAGUUUUAGCAUACAGUGGGAGAAGGUGAAUAAAUUGAGUUACUGAGGAUGACACUGUACCACUUCGACUCCGCAGCCUAAUCAGAGAAGUUUUACAACCACAUCAUUAUGUGAUGGUCAGGACGCAUUGUAUAGAACUAUAGAUCACAUUUAACUUGUAACGUCAUUUAAACUGUGUACUUGUAAAUUACUUGGUCAAAUAGUACUCGAUGACCAAGUACUGAAUACUCCUAUGAGUUAUGAGUUGAGGUUGCCCUUUUUAAAUAGCUAGUAUUCACUAUUCAGAGUUGGGAACCUCUUGUCCUCAACUAUUAGUUCAAAAUGGUGCAGAAUAUUAUGGUUUAGUUUUGAUUAUCAUCUUUGAAAUGCC